AUGAACGAGGACCUUUCCAAUCGCGUCUCCGAAGUCGUGAACAUAGCACCCUCACGCCUCCUCAACGGCGUGACUACUCUCGACGCAAAUGCUGGAAUAAUUCUUGUCGCUGACUCGGAACUCGGUCUCAUUUGGCGCGUAGACACAAAGAGCUUGACCUACGAGAUUGCUUUACAGGACGACACAAUGGCACCGAGGGAGACUUUGAACCGCCUGAUCGGUAUCAAUGGCGUGCGCGUCUGGAAGGACUACGUGUACUACAACAACAGCCCCCUUCAGCUUAUAUGCCGUGUUCGCGUGGAUCGAGCCACUGGGCAAGCCGCAGGGCCGUACGAAGUCAUUGCUCAAGGCGUUUUGGGUGAUGAUUUUGCUGUCGAUCAGGAUGGUACGGUAUAUGUCGCUGAAAUGACUGAAAAUGUUGUUACGCGUGUUCAAUUGGAUGGUAGUAAGGCAGUUUUUGCUGGCAACCUUAAUUCUACAGAUGUAGCGGGCGCGACAUCAGCUGCAUUUGGGAGAACAGAGGGCGCUCGCAAUGUCCUUUAUGUUACUACCAAUGGAGGAAUCUCUGCGCCGGUGAAUGGGUCGAUCGUUGAGGGAGGGAAGGUCGUUGCAAUCGAGCUGUGA